AUGCUUUACGAUUUCUAUGAGAAAGUCUAUGAAGUGGUCACUACAGAACAUCUGUCAUAUGUGUGCACCGCACUGGCCCAAGCUUUCCAAUCCACUGUAUUGAAAUGUUUAUAUCUAACUAUUAUCAGUAUUAGCAUAUUCAUCGAUAAACGUUUUGAAACAACAAAGAAAAAAAUUGGCAAAACAUGCAAAAAUUAUUUAACACUGCGGUUUGCAAAAACGAAUUUUAGUCAGUUUGUGACAAUCCACAACUUCGCCAGCAUAAUGAAACACACUUUAAGAGAAAAUAGAAAAAGCGAUGCUUUCAAUGUGAUACUCAUAUCGCUUAUCAUAACAUCAACGGUACAUGCUGACAAUUUUCUCAAAACACCUCCAACAUUUUUCACCCCAUGCAAAUUAAAAGAUACUGGAAACGGACAAUGUGUUUCGGACUUAUUUCAAUCCGUUUUUGUAAAUUGGAAAGGUGAUAUACCUGGAUCACCGCCCUUUUCCACCAUUGAUCCUCUAAUGGUGAAGAAAAUACAUGUUGACUUAACGGGAACUGCCGCCAACCUGAAUUUAGAUAUGGAGAAUAUUGUUGCAACUGGACUUUCAAAUGCAAAAAUUGGGAAUGUUGGAGUGCAAUUCAACUCUAACUUCCAAUAUGUUGUCAAAAUCCCCAAUUAUCAUACCAAAUCAGAUUAUACAAUGAAAGGAAAAAUAUCGGUGGAGGACCUUAAUGGCAAAGGCACAGCAAUUAUAGAUGUUUCGGAUCUUGUGAUUGGCGUAUCCUUGCUGACAGAGAAAAAGGAGCGUGAUGGCGAAAAAUUCUUUGAGACAUUAAUCAUUUUUGCUAAAAUGGCAAGCGUUGGCGAUAUUCGUGUACGAUUUGAUAAUCUCUAUGGGCCGGGCAACAACGAAUUAUCCGAUAGUACGAAUGACCUCUUCAAUGGUAAUAGGGCUCAUUUACUUGAAAUAUUCACUCCAGUCAUUGAACAGACAAUGAUGGCAUAUUUAACGAGGCGCUGGAAUAAGAUAUUUAAACGUAUUCCUAUUAAGUACUUGUUUACAGAUUUUAGCUAG